AUGAAGAAGCCACGAGCAGCUGUGGGGAAUCAAAGUGGUCGCAGGAAGGAGGCAUCCAGCCAGGAGGGAAAGAAGAAAUGUGCCUUCAGCAGCAGCCAGUCCAAGCUGUCUGCCCCCAGUGGGACGAUCCCUGAGUUUUCUGAGACCCCAGCAGGGCUGUCCAGGCAGCAGAAGGCGUUAUUGCAGGCCUCUGUCUCCCCGUACCAUCUAUUCAGAGAUGUGGCUGAGGUCACAGCCUUCCAGGAGAGCUUGCUGGGCUGGUAUGACCGAAAGAAGCGGGACCUACCCUGGAGAAGGCUGGUGGAGGGUGAGGUGGACCUAGACAGGCGGGCAUACGCUGUGUGGGUCUCAGAGGUCAUGCUGCAGCAGACCCAGGUUGCCACAGUGAUCAACUAUUAUACUCGAUGGAUGCAGAAGUGGCCAACGCUGCAGGACCUGGCCAGUGCUUCCCUGGAGGAAGUUAACCAGCUCUGGGCUGGCCUGGGUUAUUAUUCUCGAGGCCGGUGGCUACAGGAAGGAGCCCAGAAGGUGGUAGAGGAGCUAGGGGGCCACAUGCCACGUACAGCAGAGACCCUGCAGCGGUUCCUACCUGGGGUAGGGCGGUACACAGCCGGAGCUAUUGCUUCCAUAGCCUUUGGCCAGGCCGCCGGAGUGGUGGAUGGGAACAUCAUACGGGUGCUGUGCCGUGUCCGAGCCAUAGGUGCUGAACCCAGCAGCAGUCUUGUCUCCCAGCACCUCUGGAACCUAGCCCAGCAACUGGUGGACCCAGCCCGGCCAGGAGACUUUAACCAAGCAGCCAUGGAGUUGGGGGCCAUAGUGUGCACCCCGCAGCGCCCACUCUGCAGCCACUGUCCUGUGCAGAGCCUGUGCCGGGCACGCCAGAGGGUGGAGCGGGAGCAGCUCUCAGCCUCACAGAGCCUGCCAGGCAGUGGUGACGUGGAGGAGUGUGCUCCCAACACUGGACAGUGCCCGCUGUGCGCGCCUCCCACGGAGCCCUGGGACCAGACCCUGGGAGUAACCAACUUUCCCAGAAAGGCCAGCCGCAAGCCCCCCAGGGAGGAGUGCUCUGCCAUCUGUGUUCUGGAGCAGCCCAAGGCCCUUGGGGGUGCCUGCAUUUUGCUGGUGCAGAGGCCCAACUCAGGUCUGCUGGCAGGACUGUGGGAGUUCCCAUCCGUGAAUGUGAAUGCAGAAGCCUCAGGGCAGCAUCAGCGGGAGGCCCUGCUGCAGGAACUGCAGAGUUGGGUUGGGUCCCUCCCGGACACCCACCUUCAGCAUCUGGGGCAGGUGGUCCACACCUUCUCUCACAUCAAGAUGACAUACCAAGUAUAUGGUCUGGCCCUGGAAGAACACACCCCAGUGACCAUUGUACCACCUGGCGCUCGCUGGCUGACCCGGGAGGACUUUCACACUGCAGCCGUCUCCACCGCCAUGAAAAAGGUGUUCCGCAUGUAUGAGGGCCAACAGCCUGGCACCUGCAAGGGUUCCAAAAGAUCCCAGGUGGCCACCCUGUCCAAACGGAAAAAGCCCAGCCCAGGCCAGCAAGUCCUGGAGAGUUUCUUUCCGCCCCAGGUCCCCACUGAUGCACCCAGCCUCAACAGUGCAGCCCAGUGA